UCGUUGUCCGGGGUUAGGCGUGUGGCGUGUGUGUGUCGAUGGGAUCUGCGGUGGGCGUACCAACUCCUGAAGAAAUGACCGUGUAUUAUGAAGUUAAGAAGGGUUCAGAAAGGUGCGCAAGAAAGACAGACGAUGAUCAAGUACACCAACUUUUGGCACUGAGCGUCGACGAGAAACUAGAGCUAGGCAAGGCCGUUCUCCAAGCAGUGCUGCAAAAAGAGAAUGGGUUGCGUGUCAAGAUGGAAUCCGCGGGGGACUACGACAAGUCUUUCGGCGGAACAAAGCAAGACACACAGGUGGAAAACGAAUACGCUAGCCUGGUUAGGGGAGACCAUGGUGCGGAACCUACAGAACACACUUUCCCAAUUCUGCGGAUAGUCGAGUGCAACAACCAAGAGGACUUGGUGAAGCUACGAUCUGCUGGCAACUGGUUGCGGUAUCUGGGAGCGAAAGGCUGCUACUUGUGGAUCCACUCUCUUACGAGAGAGGUCACAGCGCUUCGCCCUCACGACUACGUUGACGAAAACUCCCUUGCAGAGGCCAAAGAGGAAGAGGACGUCACCGGGGGCUAUCCAACCUGCCCGCUAUCGGGGCUGCCGGAGCUGAUCGAGAAGAUCGUCGAUCAAGACAAGAGAACGCCCCUCCUCAUCGACAACUCUGAAGAAGGCAAAGUAACGGCCUACCUCUCCUACAAGGCAGUCCUCGUGGAUGUCUCUGUCCUUGCGAUAGGCUACCAAAAGUCAGGGACAAAGGUACGGCCUACAUCGUCGGGAAUCCUAGGCCGCAAUUGGGUAGGUAGCGUCUAUCACACCGUCGACAUUGUGGCACCUGCCGAGAGGGUGAAGCCGAUCAACAUGCACUAUGCAGUAGUUAACUCUUCGUUGCUGAACGUCCAUGAAGCAGGGCAAAACGUACCAUUGUGAGAUAUUAGAGAAUGCAACGUGCUCGUUCGUGUGUUGCGCCGGUUGUAUCACCGUUUUGGGGGCAGCAUUCCCCCAAGUAGUCGAGCUGAGACCAUUGACUGUAACACUGGAGUGACACCAUGUGACCCGUGCUUCAACAACAAGCCAACAUAUUGACCGUACAAGGGCCGGCCUUGACUGGUGAGAGUUAGGAGCGAUUUAGAUGCAUACAUGGUUAUGGUUUCGUGUUUUGGGGGGUUGAAAAACAAAAUAAGUUGGAAACACGAGUAUGUGAAGGCUAAGAAAUGCGAACGAGUCAUGCAACAUGCGAAAGCAGUUAGCGCAUACAGAACUCAUUGCGCGCUGGGAGAUCUGGACCAUACGUUUGAUGAGCGGAGAGAAGCAUAUCCACACUGAAGGAAGAAGUUCGAAAGCUUCGAGUGAGGUGAAAAGCACACCUUGGGUGGGCCUACUUGUUUUUGCCGGUUGUCGGACAGCAGGUGUCCGAUGUGAUGGAAACGGUCAGAAAGAGAGCAGUGGCGGCGAUGAAAUCAGGGACACUGCUGGCAUUGCGACUAGGUGCGCAAUCCAUGUUCGCAAUACAAGUACGUUGUGCUGCACACCGGCGUGAUUGAUAUCUGAUGGGCGUGUGCUAGACAACAGAAGGUGCGAGAUUUCGAAUACUGUAAUCUAGAUCAACAUCUUACCCUCCUAGGAUUCCAUCUUGUGCCAUAUUUGUAACAGGACAUCUGACUUCGGAGCACGCCAACUUCAAGAGAAAGCUGUGUGCUCGAGAUGUUUUCCCUGCCGACAUGUUCCAGGUGAGAAAAGCAACCUCCACCCGACGCCACCCAAACGCCCCCCCUUGUUAGACAAGUUCUCACCUAGUACAGUAGACCUUGCUGAAAUUCAACACUUGCUUCCGAUUGAAGUAAUGUAAUGUUGUGUCUAACUUAACGGAUGGCAGCAAAUGCGUUAUUUCUUUUUGCAAUAUUUGAAUCUAGGAAGGAGGCAAGAAACUGUUCACGCCGCCUCGGAAACCUCGCUGCAA